GAUGUAGGAGUAGUUGUAAGGCGCUGCGGUCAUCUUUGCUCCUGGGGAAGGGCGAAUUUCCUUACGACACUUUUGACAAUCUUUAAAGCUUCCGUCCGCCAUUAAAAGGCCGAUUGAGUGCCAACAUGCUAUGCAGCUAACACUUAGCCCGAGUGUUAGCGCUCAGGCUAAACUCUUAUCGCGCGUUAAACACAAACGCACAUCUUUACACAAUUAGCACACUCGCCUAUUAUGAAUUGAUAAAUAAAUAACGCCUAAUUACCUAUGCUAACUUCUCUAAACAGCUAGCCGGCUAACAGCUGGAGCUCCUUGUACUUAACAGCCGGGGAAGCUAGAGUCACGGAGACAACCCAAAAAAACAAUGAUACGAGAUGAGGUCUUUAAAAUAUUGUUUCUUUACCUUACUUUCCGGGUGUUACUUCAGAGAGUUCAAAGGUUGACAAGGUAAAGGCUGCCGCUGCUCAGACGAUGAGCUUGCUUCGUUUGUUAGCCUCUUCUUCCGCAAUGCUUCCAAAACACGCAAAGUAUCGCGAGUCUUCCCCGUAACUGCAUCUGUCCGCGAAGCUAAGAAUUCAAAUAAUUGGGAGGAGAAAAACGCAUUCGUGGUCACUUUGUUGGCUCUGUAGUUGACAUACGAGUGGUUCGCUUGAUUUAAUAUAAAUAUGUCAAUAUUUGACGUUUGUUAAGUAUUUUGGAGUGGGUUCGACCGUGUCUGUAAUGUCUUUGUGGGUGUGUUUGAGACAUUUGAGCCACCCUGCUGUGACGUCAAGGAUCGGACUCCGCCCCUCCUCCAACUUCAGGCUCAGCAGAAGCAAAGCAAAAACAUCACUGAGGAGACACAAUAGAAGUUUUGUCUUUCAUUCGUGUUGUUAUGGUGUGUUGUUCUUUUUUUUAUCAUAUUGUGUAUCAUCUUCAGUCAUGAAACUGAUUAGCAUCAUCUGGUGAGAGAGAAAAAAUGGAGAAAGAGAAAGUGUUGUCCAAACUGAUGUGGGAUCUUCAGUCCUUCCUGUCGGUUCUGGACUCUGAGAACCUGAGCUACAUUGCUCAGGCCCAGAAGAAGUCCAUCUCAGAGCUGGUAUCCUCUCUGCAGACACAAGAACCUCCAGUGGAGGACGCAGAGUAUGUCAUCAUGAACUGUCCUUCAUCAUCGUCGCCUAGCAACCCGGCAGCGGGAGACUCCAACAUCUGGACAAGAGAUAGGGUCCCCACGGUGCCGCGCUGCCCACCAGGGGGCUCUCAAGCUCCUGCUGGUGAUGAUGAUGAGGAUGAAGAUACCUAUGAAGAAGCACAGCCCUACAAAGAUAACAGCACCUGUCACCUGGAGCGAGCUGAGUCAGAGAACAGCUACUACGAGUCGUACGGUGAGGAUGCUGAGGAUGAUGAUGAUGAUAAUGAAGAGCAUGUGAAGGACAGGGCUCACUACAUCCAGUGGAGUUCCUCCCAGCCUUGUCUCAGGCCCCCUCCCGAGUCUCGCUUGUGCGGGUAUCUGUGGAGGAGGAAGUGGUUGGGACAGUGGACCAAACAGCUCUUCAUCGUUAGGAACCACUUCCUGCUAUGCUACAAGUGUGCGCGGGACCUCCUUCCUCAUCUCCAGCUUAGCCUACGAGGCUGCCAGCUGGUCUACAAGUUGAAGAGCAACCGGAAGAUUCCGCACCAACUCAGGCUCCUGCUGCUUGGGGCCAACACCCUGGUGCUGGGAUACAGCAGCUUCCAGCAGGCCGACGAGUGGCGCCGCGUGAUCGAGGAGCUGAGUGUUGGUGAUGAAGAUCAGAACACGUGUGGGAGCAGCAUCGAACCUCCGCUGUCAUCCCACAUGUCUUGUGCACUCCUGACACCCAUCAACCAGCAAGAACCUUCACAUCAACAAUACAAGAACAAAGGUGUGGUGAGCGUGCUGAUGAACUGUCAGUGGCAGAGUCUCCUUUGUCAGGUGGAGGCGGGAGUUCUCAACAUGUUUGCAAAGGAUGGGGAUGAGGAAGAGACCCAACGGACACGGGCUCACUCUCCUCAAUACACAAUGCAGCUGCGAGACUGCGAGGUGAAAGCGGCGGCCGACGGCAAAUACCCACACAGGAUCGCCCUGAGCGUACUCGGCGAGCAGCUGGCCGUGCUGGAGGUGAGCUCGGCAGACGAGAAGCGGCAAUGGACGCGCCUCCUGAAGGACGCGGCGGCCGGUUACCAUGAUGACAAGACGCAGCAGCACGCACACUUAAGGGUCACGGUGUGCUGGAGCCUAUCCCAGCUGGCUUUGGGCGAAAGCAGACACACCCUGAACACGUACAUGGACCAGCCCUUCCACGCCACCCCACAGCCACAACCGGUCUACUCCAACUCCCCCAUGCUAGAGCACAUGCUUCACAACUCUCAGAAUGCUGACGUGAUCUACACCAACAAUGCCUUCAGCAGCCACCACAGAAAGUGGUCUGAAGUGGCGCCACGUGGCAUUCAGAAGUUGGAUCUAACUGGCAGGAAAGGUGUCGCCAUGAGGGCAGGUUCUGAGGCUAACCUGGUGUCGGAGACCAAUCAGAACAAACGCUCGUCCUUCAGACAGUCGCUCGCCAUGUGCAGCGAGCGGGCGCAGGCCAGUCUCCUGAACCCUCUCCUGCGCCGUACAGCAUCCGUGAAGACCUCGCUGAGAAGAACUCCAUCUGCGCUCUUUAUCGAACACGGGAAGGUUUUCCAGAGGAGGAAGGAAUGGGAGACCAAAGCUGCUGCCUGACACCAUGCAAGGGAUCAUGUGACGACAGGACUAUUUGACCAUGUGGCCAUAUGACCAUGUGCUCGGUUGGCCAUAUGACGAUGUGACCAUGUCACAACAUGACUGUGUCCACGUGACCAUGGGUACACGGAACUGGGUAACGUGGCCAUGUGGCUUUCUCUUAUGAAUAUUUGAUAUUAUCUUUAGAUACCACUUUUGGGCACCCACCAGUUGAGAAUCACCGUUUCAGAUCACAUAACUGUGACACGUACACACGUAAAGUAACACAAAUUAUGUGUAUUUAUUUUUACUUUUAGGCUUAGGUACUUUCACAGUAGUUUAAGACUUGAAUGGGUUGACACGCAUGAGACAUUUGUCACGAUCAGUAUGUGUGUGCGUGCACUUCAACCUAAAAACACCUAUCAUUACUUUUUAUCAAUAAAGUUGUUUUUAUCUAAAUGUCUUAAAGUAGAGUUUGACAAAUGUAAAGUUUUAUUGUUCAUCAUUCACAUCACAUUCAUCAUCCACAUACAGUAAGAAACAACAGCACGACUCUGUAAUUUCCUUAUAGAUAAUAUAUGUAAAUGAGCUGAGAGCACACACAUUCAAUGCUGAUUAGUUAUUGAUCAUAUCACGUUAAGAUCGUGCAUGCAGCAGCCGUGUAACACAAAAUUCAUCAUAAUUUUCAAAAACAUCCAAAAUUAGAAAUUAAAACAACAAACAUUUAGUUGGUGACUUAUAUUUACUCCAAAACUAUCAAAACAAAGCUAAUCUCUUUUUUUGUGAAGUUAUAUCUAAAAUGUCGUCAUCAUACAAAUUGGUGACGACUCCCUCAGCAAAGGAUGCAAAAUGGCUGAACGUGAUGUCAUCAGUCUGCGCCUGCAUUAAUCCAAAACAAGCAGAUGACUUCCUCUCAGCCGAUUUCACCUUUUUUCCCGGUCAGUAUGCUAACCUAAGAUAAACUGAAUGCUAACCGAGAGCUGGACAGUAGCCGUCAGAAGAUGAAAUCACCGUGUGUCUUUUAGAACAUUCAUUAAGAGUAGAUUGAACUUCACCAUAGCAUUUUAGCAAUCACUGCUAAUGUUAGCUUCACUACAAGUUCUUCACAUUAUA